AUGAAGACUCAGUGGAAGGAUCUCCCCCCGGUCCCCAACUCGCAAGAGUUCCUCGACAUUGUCCUCUCGAGGACGCAGCGCCGGCUGCCGACCCAGAUCCGCUCGGGUUUCAAGAUUUCCAGAAUCAGAGGCUUCUACACCCGCAAGGUCAAGUUCACCCAGGAGACCAUCAGCGAGAAGCUCGGCCUGAUCAUCGAGUCGUUCCCUCGCCUCAACGACAUCCACCCCUUCCACAAGGACCUGAUCAACACCCUCUACGACGCCGACCACUUCAAGAUCGCCCUCGGCCAGCUCUCGACCGCGAAGCACCUCAUCGAGACCAUCUCCAGAGAUUACGUCCGACUCUUGAAGUAUGGCCAGUCGCUUUUCCAGUGCAAGCAGCUGAAGCGCGCCGCGCUUGGUCGCAUGGCGACGCUCAUCAAGCGCCUCAAAGACCCUCUGGUUUACCUCGACCAGGUUAGACAGCAUCUUGGCCGUCUUCCCUCGAUCGAUCCCAAUACCAGAACCCUCCUCAUCACGGGUUUCCCCAACGUCGGAAAGUCUUCUUUCCUCAAGUCCGUCUCGAGAGCCGACGUCGAUGUCCAGCCGUACGCCUUCACAACGAAGUCGCUCUUCUGCGGUCACUUUGACUACAAGUACCUUCGUUUCCAGUGCAUUGACACCCCUGGUAUUCUCGACCACCCUCUCGAGGAGAUGAACACCAUUGAGAUGCAGUCCGUCACCGCCAUUGCCCAUCUGCGAUCCGCCAUUCUCUACUUCAUGGAUCUCAGCGAGCAGUGCGGUUACUCCAUCCAGGCCCAGAUCAACCUCUUCCAGAGCAUCAAGCCCCUGUUCCAGAACAAGAUCGUUUUCAUCGUCGUCAACAAGAUCGACGUGGUCAAGCCCGAGGACCUCGACGCCGCCACCCAGGCUCAGCUCCAGGGCCUCCUCAAGUCCGGCGAGGUCGAGAUGCUCCAGCUCUCCUGCAACACCCAGGAGGGCGUCCAGAACGUCAAGAACACCGUCUGCGAGCGCCUCAUCGCCGAGCGCGUCUCCCAGAAGCUCAACGCCGGCACCAACAGCAGCGGCAACAUUGGCGGCCGCCUCGCCGACGUCAUGGCGCGUAUCCACGUCGCCCAGCCCGGCACCAGCCAGCCCCUCCAGACAUUCAUCCCCGAGGGCAUCAAGAACAUGAAGAAGUACGACAAGGAGGACCCGGAGCGCCGGAGGCUCGCCAAGGACGUCGAGGCCGAGAACGGCGGCGCCGGCGUCUACAGCGUCGACAUGCGCCAGGACUGGCUCCUCGCCAACGACGAGUGGAAGCACGACAAGAUCCCCGAGGUCUUUGACGGCAAGAACGUCUACGACUUCGUCGACCCGGAUAUCGAGGCCAAGCUCCAGGCCCUCGAGGAGGAGGAGGAGCGCCUCGAGAAGGAGGGCUACUACGAGUCGGACGAGGAGCUCGACGACGAGGAGGAGGCCGACAUCCUCUCCAAGGCCGAGAUCAUCCGCGAGAAGCAGGCCCUCAUCCGCAACGAGGCCAAGAUGAAGAAGCGCCUCAAGAACCAGGCCAUCAUCCCCCGCAAGUCCCAAAAGGUGCCCCUCUCCCAGAUGGACGACGCCCUCGACCAGCUCGGUGUCGACACCACCGACAUUGUCAACCGCGCCCGCGCCCAGUCCCGCCCCCGCGGCCGCUCCUCCGGCCUCUCCCGCGCCGGCACCGAGGACGUCGACAUGAUGGACACGGACGCCACCCCGCGCGAGCGCCUGCGCUCCCACAGCCGCGCUCGCAGCCAGAGCCGCGCCCCCAUCGUCAACAGACGCGAGGACGGUGUCCAGGACGACGAGGCCCGCGACAAGGCCGACCGCCUCGCCAAGCUCUCCCAGAAGAAGCGGAACCGCAUGGCGAGACAGGGUGAGGGUGAUCGUCACACCACCGUAUCGCUGCAAAGGCAUUUGGUUGCCGGCAAGCGUGGCCUCGGCAAGAACCAGAGACGUUAA